GCACGCGCGCGGGCGUGACGUGCUGACAGUCUCGCUCAGGUGAGGUGCGGCUUCGGAGAGUUCGCGUGAGGAAAGAGUCGAAGUCAGGAUAGAGGAAAGCUGAAGGAAAACUGUCGGGGACAAGAGCCUUUCUCUCCCACCCCCCCACCACCCAAAACUGCGGACGCUGCAAUCGUUUAUUAUUUUAGAUCGUUCGGAGCGAGGGGGGAAAAGUGCGUGGAGUUAAGGGAAACCUGUGAGCGGUAAGCCGAAGGAGCUGAAGUCCAGGAUAACAAAGUCUCCUUCACUCUUUCCCCGUUCGGCAACGCUGCCGACAGACAAGGGGAACCAUGGCGGAGCAGGAAAGCCUGGAGUUCGGCAAAGCAGACUUUGUCCUGAUGGACACAAUCAACAUGUCAGAGUUCAUGGCAAACUUAAAAUUGAGGUUUGAGAAGGGCAGAAUCUAUACAUACAUUGGUGAAGUGGUGGUUUCUGUAAACCCUUACCGUUCUAUGAAUAUCUAUGGGAAGGACACCAUUGAGCAAUAUAAAGGGCGCGAGUUGUAUGAGAGGCCACCUCACCUAUUUGCUAUUGCAGAUGCCACAUACAAAGCCAUGAAGAGGCGAUCAAAAGACACCUGCAUUGUCAUAUCAGGGGAAAGUGGUGCUGGUAAAACUGAAGCUAGUAAAUAUAUCAUGCAGUUCAUUGCAGCUACUACAAAUCCCAGCCAAAGGCAGGAAGUGGAAAGGGUAAAGAACACACUAUUAAAAUCAAAUUGUGUUUUGGAGGCCUUUGGAAAUGCUAAGACCAACCGCAAUGAUAAUUCUAGUCGAUUUGGAAAGUACAUGGAUAUUAACUUUGAUUUUAAAGGUGACCCUAUAGGUGGCCACAUCAAUAACUAUCUGCUGGAAAAAUCUAGGGUUAUCGUGCAGCAGGGUGGAGAGAGAAGCUUUCACUCAUUUUACCAGUUACUCUUGGGUGGACCUGAAAAGUUGCUGCGGUCUUUGCACAUUGAGAAAAAUCCCACAACCUACAAUUUCAUCAAAGGUGGUGGAGUAGUAAAGUCUGCUAUAAAUGAUGCUGCUGACUUUAAGGCUGUCGCAGAUGCGAUGAAAGUGAUUGGGUUCACGGCUGAAGAGAUUCAGACAGUUUACAAAAUCCUCGCCACCAUUCUGCAUCUGGGAAAUUUAAAAUUUACAAUGGACGGUGACGCCACUAUCAUCGAAAGCAGUAAGCUGCUGUCAGUGAUUGCAGAACUGCUCUCAACAAAAACUGAUGCGGUAGAAAAGGCCUUGUUAUAUCGUACCGUAGCUACAGGACGUGAUGUGAUUGACAAACAACACACAGAUCAGGAAGCCAGCUAUGGACGGGAUGCAUUCGCUAAGGCAAUAUAUGAUCGGCUUUUCUGUUGGAUUGUUAACCGAAUCAAUGAUAUCAUUGAAGUUAAGAAUUAUGAUGCCAGAAUCCAUGGGAAAAAUACAGUUAUUGGUGUCUUGGAUAUCUAUGGCUUUGAGAUUUUCGAUGACAACAGUUUAGAACAGUUUUGCAUCAACUAUUGCAAUGAGAAGUUACAACAGCUCUUCAUCCAGCUUGUACUGAAGCAAGAACAGGAAGAGUACCAGCGUGAAGGCAUCCCCUGGAGACAUAUUGACUACUUCAACAAUCAGAUAAUUGUGGAUUUAGUAGAACUGCAACACAAGGGGAUCAUUUCGAUUCUUGAUGAUGCCUGCGUUAAUGUGGGAAAAGUUACCGAUAAGAUGUUUUUGGAUGCUCUGAACAACAAACUGCAGAAACAUGCUCAUUAUACCAGCCGGAAGCUUUGUGCAUCUGACAAGACCCUGGAGUUUGAACGAGAUUUUCGGAUUAAGCAUUACGCUGGACAUGUUGUAUACUCAGUCAAUGGGUUCAUUGACAAAAACAAGGACACACUGUUUCAGGAUUUCAAGCGGCUAAUGUACAACAGCUCUAAUCCUGUGCUGAAGAACAUGUGGCCAGAGGGAAAGCUCAGUAUCACGGAAGUAACAAAACGUCCUUUAACAGCUGCCACCUUAUUUAAGAACUCCAUGAUUGCAUUAGUAGAAAACCUGGCAUCAAAAGAGCCUUACUAUGUUCGAUGCAUUAAGCCCAAUGAGCAGAAAUCUCCACUCCUGUUUGAUGAGCGUCGCUGCCAGCAUCAGGUGGAAUAUUUAGGUUUAAUGGAAAAUGUACGUGUUCGGAGGGCAGGAUUCGCGAACAGGCAGACUUAUGAAAGAUUCCUGCAGAGAUAUAAGAUGAUUUCAGAGUUCACAUGGCCAAACCAUGAUAUGCGAACUGACCAAGAAGCUGUCAAGAAGUUGAUUGAGUGCUGUGAAUUUCAGCAUGACGUGGCAUAUGGAAAGACCAAGCUCUUCAUUCGGACACCAAGAACUUUGUUCACUCUGGAGGAGCGGCGAACACAGAUGAUUGAACGGAUUGUUCUCUUCCUGCAGAAGAUCUGGAGGGGAACCAUAGCUCGACUUCGUUAUAAACGCACAAGAGCUGUCUACACCAUCAUAAAUUACUACAGGAAAUACAAGGUGAAAUCUUAUAUCCGGGAGGUAGGCAAGCGUUUCCAGAAUGUUGGGACCUUGAAGGAUUAUGGUAAACAUGUGAAGUGGCCAACUCCGCCCAAGAUCAUACGUACAUUUGAUGAAACAUUGAAGUCUGUUUACCAAAGAUGGAGAGCAUUUCAACUGAUUAAGAGCAUCCCACCUGCUGACUUACCGCAGGUCAGAGCAAAGGUCGCAGCCUUUGCAAACCUGAAGGGCCAGAGAGGUGAUCUGGGCCUCCAAAGAAGCUGGGAGGGCAAUUACUUGGCAACUAAAAGGGAUAAUCCACAGAUGACACCUGCUUUCUCUGCAAGAGCUAAUGAACUGAAGCGAAAAGACAAAUACAUGAACACACUCUUUUCCAGUCAUGUACGAAAGAUAAAUAGAUUUAAUAAACCUGAAGAUCGUGCAAUUUUCAUCACUGACCGGCAUUUGUACAAAUUGGAUCCACUGAAGCAAUAUCAAGUGAUGAAGACUAUCCCAUUGUAUAAUGUGACUGGGGUGAGCGUGUCAACAGGAAAAGAUCAACUUGUUGUUUUUCACACAAAGGACAACAAAGACCUUAUUGUGUGCCUUCAUAAAAUGCAGCCAGCUAAUGAGAACCGUAUUGGAGAGCUUGUCGGCAUUGUGGCCAAUCACUUCAGAAGUGAGAAAAGGAACUUCCAUGUGAAGGCCAGUGAUCCAGUUCAGUGUACUAUGCAUGGCAAGAAGUACACCAUCAUUGUGGAGACCAAGAUCAACCAGUCGCAGCCCGACUUCACCAAGACACGAUCAGGAUUUGUUCUUUCCUGGCCUGGAAUCUAACAAACGCCUCUUAUAGUUUUGUGGCUUAAGGCCAGAAUGCCCUUCAAAUUCACCAUGAAAAAAUUCAACAUUAAUGAUGGGAAAAGGGGCAUGCAUAUGUCACGUUUAGCAAUAUAAACAUUCAUGCUGCAGACAUGUUUCCUAGUAGACAUGCCCCUUCUGACUGAUCUGCAUUAUCCUCUUUGCAUUUGAUCUGCAUUGCCUUCUUCGACACUCUUUCUCCUGCUACCAGCUGAAGUUGGCUUUCUUCUUUUGUCUAUCAUGAUUUCUCAAUCUCCUUAACAUAAUGAUCAUGCACAGCAGGCUCUGGUGUAGAUUUUAAGGGCUGUGGACUCUUGCCCUCGCUAUUUAUUUUUUUAUUUAAAGUUUUAACUCAAAUUUUAAUAAUGCAGAAAGAGAGAGAACAAAUCGUCUCAUAUGAAAAUCCAUAAUUAUCUUCAGUCUGUAAAGUCUCACAGACCCUUAUGAAAUGAACUGUACUUGAGGUAAUCAUGUAUCUUAUGAUGCCCAUUUAAUUAAUCUAUUUAGCUUCAGAUUCCUGCUUAUUAUAACUCAUAUCUGAUGUUAUGUCAGUCUGGAACUGUUGCAAUUCUGAUAUGAUCUCUGCAAAACUCCAAGCCACAGUACGUUUUGAUUCCAUGCCAGCUAGCUCUUGUCUAAAUGAGUAAAAAGCUUGAACUUGCAACGUUUUUCAUUUGUUAAUCUAGCUUGAAAGAGGUUAUAUAAUGUCAGCCACGCUGUAUAACUUUCAAUCAAACUUACAGAUCUUGGUUUUAUUAAACGUCAGAUUUGCGCUUUUACACCCCUACCCCAACACUUCAAUGUACACAGAGUUAUUUACACAUUUUCUAACCGUUCUGUUGGCUUUUAUAAUUCAGAUGCUUGUGAAUGUGCUGCCCUCACCACAACAUCUGCUAACCAUAGCACAUCUUGCUUACUGUUGAAGUGAAACUUUCAAUUAUUCAUACAUUAACCUAUAUUCAUAACUAGAAUUCAUGUUAUCAUAAGGUUUGACAUUAUCUUAUUGUAAUCCUAUUAUGGCAGACACUUAUAGGGACAGUUUAUUUCUCUGUUUUAAUUCCCCUUUCCUUUAACUCUGUAGACCAAUGCCUCUGCUGAUAUAGAGACAUACAGCACAGAAACAGGCCUUUCGGCCCACCUUGUCCAUGCCGACCAAGUUGGCAUGUUGGGCUAGUGAAAUUUGUCUGCAUUUGGCCCAUAGCAUUCUAAACCUGUGUGUCCAAAUGUAUUUUUAAAAGUUGUCAUAGUAUCCACUUCUAUAACUUCCUCUGGCAACCUAUUCCUGAUACGGAAUACCUUCUGAGUGAAAAUGUUGCCCCUGAAGUCCUCCUUAAAUCACUUUCCUUUCGCCUUAAGCCUAUGCCCUUUAAAGCAGAACAAGUCAGUCAGGGAUGGAUAGCAAUCUGGUCUUAUAGCAGAUAAUGUCCAUGAAUGUUGUGUUGCACCCCCUCAAAUGUUGCUUAACAUGGCCAGCAGCAUAAUGAAAUCUGCUUAUAAGUUCCUACAUAACCAACUUUAGCUGCAGUAAAUAUCCCUUCCAGAGUUCGAAAAUGAUGACUUCAAUUUCUACUCCAGCAUUCAAAUACUUUAAAAAAAGUAAAUCAAAGGUUCUUUCUACAUCACGUUGGAGAAUGGAGGAGAUUAAAUGAAGAGCAGAUUGUGGUUCUCGCAUUUCCUGGCUGACAUAAUUCCUCAAUUAACAGCAUCUUAAACUGAUCUUAUUAUGUAUGUUGGGCGUUGCUGUACAAAAAUUAGGGUUUACAUUUCCCUGGAAAAGGAUACAUAUCAUUGGCUAUAAAAAGCUCUGGUCUAUCCCAGGAAGUGGAAGACUGUACAAUGAUGCAAAUUAUUCAUUCAUGUCUUUUGAAAACCUACAGUCUAGGAAAUGUAUUCAUUUAAAAAUGAUAAUAGCUGAUGUAUAAAGAACCGUAUGCACAGCUUAAGCAGUACAUUCAAAUCACUUCCCUGCUGCAGGGCAGGGCCAUCAACGAAUAAUUUUCUCUCAUUGCUAUUUUUUACGACAAUUUUCAAUUUAUUGUGAAACUGGGCAGUUUUAAGCUGUGAGUACACAUUCACUGAUCCUUGACCUUGUGUUUGCUGACAAGACUAUUCUUUUGAGCAUAACUGUAGACUCAACUGUACCAUCUAAGACUUUUUAAUAACAGAAAGAUGAAUAUAAUUUAAAUGGCUGAAUAUCUAGCAUUUUGUUAUGUAGUUUGGCAUUUGUUAUCCUGUGAGAUCAGAGAGUCAUUUUUAUCUCUCAUGAAGUGGAUAGUCCUGAAGAUUCACACUGAUCAAUAGCGUUUCUUUAAAUGUAUCAUUUUUGGAAAGAUUGGGUCAAGGAACUGGAUAGAAAGGUGAUCAUGAGUUUUAGUUUUAGUUUUUCCACAGACCAAUCAUGUUAAUGAUUAAUGUUCAGCUAUGUUCCAAUGAAAGAAAUAAUGCCAAAGAUGUGGGUGCAUAUUGCACACAUUCCUCCUUAUCAUCAGGCAAUCCUUGAUUAUUAUUUAUUUAGCUUGCACUACAAAUGCUUGGUCUAUCUUCAAUAAUCAGUUAUGUUGUGUGGAAUAGUCAUGGAAUGUUCAACUUCUGAAGGAUGCCUUGGUGUUUUGACUUGCAGAGUUCAAUGUAAAAAUGGCCUCUGCUAGAUUUUAUGUUUUGUAUCAACUCCAAUAAUUGACUUGAAUCAAACUCUGCUAUUUCCAUUUCUGCAACCUGGUUACAAUGAUUUCGAUUUAAUUCCAAACAUUUUAACCAUCCAAAGACAGUAAAAGUGUCAGACCAUGCAGGAGCUGAGGAGGUUGCAUGGGACCACUCAAUUGCAUGUGUUAGGAUGGAGAGGAGUAGCAGUGUCACUGGCUGCAAGGAGAAAAAUAGCUUAUUUCAUAUUCUCCCUUCACUCUCCAUCACAGCCAGGUGCCAACAUAUCAGGUUUGGUGAUGGGCAAAUGUCUAUGCAUGUUGGUUUUGUUCUUAAUAUCGGAUUUUCCCUUCACAGAUCUAGUCAUGAGAUCAGGUGCGUUAGUUAAAAAAUAUGCAAUCAAAUGUGCCAGCAACACACGUAAUUGUUCAAGUGCCUUUAUAUUGAAAAUGCAGGUCAUUGGAAGAUGCACCUGAAAUCAUUUGGUAUUGGUGUGUUAGAUAUUACCAGUUGUAAUAAAAUGGUGUAUUUAAUCACUAAUGAAUCAUGUAUAAAUCAGCUUUAUAUUUAGAAAUAUAAUAUUCAGAAUUCAGAUUAGUUAUAAAGUAUGAAUACUUACAAAUAUCAGGAGAAUAAUAGUUGGUAAUCAAAGGUUUUGUGAUGUUUUCCUCAAAUCAAAGUUUAUAGUGCAAUUUUAUUUGAUAUACAUUUUUUGAUUUGUAAAUUAGUAUUUCUGAAAAGUUUUGUCCCAUUGUAGCCUUGACUGGCUAUUCGAUAAAUUACUUUAUUUUCAUAAAUGCUUGAUAUGUUCCACACUACAAUAAAAGAGUGUUUUCAUUAAUAAAAGCAUUCCUUGAAACUCCGUGCCAAGUGAUGAUUAUUUUAGAAGUACAUUUGUAAUGAAAAUUAAUUCAUAGCCUUCCUAGCAGACUGAAACCUAGAUCAAGCGAGUUCUUCCCUGCAUUCUCCAUGUCGGAAGUCUGAAACUAUGGGGAAUAAACAACCAGCUGUGUUUGGGAUUAGAGUCUGUUUAAAUUGGAAAACCAAUACAAAGACGGCACCAAUGUUGAGGACAGAGAAA